AUGGCUCCUAACCUCGACGGCUACUUCAAGCAGGUCGAUGCCGACUCCGACCACUUCAUCGAACGCCUCAGGAAGGCCGUUGCGAUUCCCUCGAUCUCUGCCGAUGUCGCCCGCCGUCCCGAUGUUGUGAAGAUGGGCCAGUGGCUCGCCGGCGAGCUGAAGGCUCUCGGUGCCUCGGUCGAGCUUCGUGAACUUGGCGAGCAGCCUGACAAGCCCGGUCUGCAGCUGCCCCCCGUGGUCCUCGGCAGAUAUGGAAACGACAAGAACAAGCGCACGAUUCUGGUCUACGGCCACUACGACGUCCAGCCUGCUGAGAAGAGCGACGGCUGGUCUACCGAGCCUUUCGAGCUCUCAGUCGAUGAGAAGGGCCGCAUGUUCGGUCGUGGUUCUACCGACGACAAGGGUCCCGUCCUUGGCUGGCUGAACGCCAUCGAGGCUCACCAGAAGGCUGGUAUUGACUUCCCCGUCAACCUGCUCAUGUGCUUCGAGGGUAUGGAGGAGUACGGCUCUGAGGGUCUGGACGACCUCAUUGAGGCCGAGGCCAAGAAAUACUUCGCUGAUGCCGAUGCCGUCUGCAUUUCCGACAACUACUGGCUUGGAACCGAGAAGCCUUGCUUGACUUACGGUCUUCGUGGCUGCAACUACUACUCCGUUGAGAUUUCCGGCCCCGGUGCCGACCUCCACAGCGGUGUCUUCGGCGGUACUGCCCAGGAGCCCAUGACGGACUUGGUCCGUGUUCUCGGUUCUCUCGUUGAUACCGAUGGCAAGAUCCAGAUUCCUGGCAUUAAUGAGCAGGUCGCCCCUGUUACCGCUGAGGAGGAGACCCUCUACGACGGCAUUGCCUUCACCAUGGAGACUCUCCAGGAGUCUCUCGGCAGCAAGACGACUAUCUUUGAGGACAAGAAGCCGACCCUCAUGGCCAGAUGGCGCUACCCCUCCCUCUCCGUCCACGGUAUCGAGGGUGCCUUCUCUGCCCCUGGCGCAAAGACUGUAAUCCCCGCCAAGGUUACCGGCAAGUUCUCCAUCCGCACUGUCCCCAACAUGGAGAUCGAGGCCACCAACGAGGCUGUCUACAAGUACGUCAAGGAGCAGUUCGCCAAGCUUAACAGCAAGAACACGCUCAAGGUCUGGGCUCAGCACACCGGCAAGUGGUGGGUUGCGUCGCCCAAGCACUGGAACUUCAGCGCUGCUGCCAAGGCCACCGAGCGCGUUUGGGGUGUUCAGCCCGACUUCACUCGCGAGGGUGGAAGCAUUCCUGUCACCCUGACUUUCGAGCAGGCUACUGGCAAGAACGUCUUGCUUCUGCCUAUGGGUAGCUCCACCGACGGCGCUCACUCCAUCAACGAGAAGCUGGACAAGCGCAACUACAUUGAGGGUAUCAAGCUGUUGGGCGCUUACCUGCACUACGUUGCCGAGGAGCCCACUGAAUAA